UGGGAGCGGCCAGUUCCGGGUUCGGCUGCUCCGCCGGUGGCGCCGCCGCCCCCCGCGCUCCGCCCGGGCAGCCAUGGCUGAUUACUGGAAAUCUCAACCCAAGAAAUUCUGCAGUUAUUGCAAGUGCUGGAUAGCCGACAACAAACCGAGCAUCGAUUUCCACGAAAGAGGAAAGAACCACAAGGAAAAUGUGGCCAAGAAAAUUAGCGAGAUUAAGCAGAAAAGCUUAGACAAGGCGAAGGAAGAUGCAAAAAUGGCGAAGGAGUUUGCAGCAAUGGAGGAAGCCGCCACGAAGGCCUACCAAGAAGACCUGAAAAGGCUCGGAUUGAAGGCAGAACCUGUAGCCCAGCCUUCAUUGCCGGUAAAGCAGGAAGAAAAGAAGGAGAAAAAAGAGAAAAAAGAAAAGAAGGAGAAAAAGGAAAAGAAGAAAAAGGGGAAGCAAGCCAAUGGAGCAAAGGAAUGGGUGCGAGGGUUUUCUCCCGAGGGCUACACCUAUUAUUACAACACGAAAUCUGGAGAAUCACAGUGGGAGAAACCAGAAGGAUUUCAUGACAUCUGUCAGAAUUCUCAAAAGGAAGCAGUUUGGAUAGAAGGAAUAGACGACGACGGUCACACCUAUUAUUAUAACAAAGACACUGGAGUAUCAACAUGGGAGAAGCCUGCAACUUUCGUAUCUUGUUCAGUAAAGAAUAAUCCAGAUGACAACUCCUCUGAUGAGAACAACAAAAAUGAAUCACAAAAGAGGAAGACGGGCAGUGAUGGAGAAAAGCCUCACAAGCCCCAAAAGGUUGGCCCUUACGGAGAAUGGCAGCAGGUCAAAGAAGACAAGGUGGGCCGUGAGAAGAGUCCGGCGCAGCCGUCGCAGAAGUCCACACCUUUGGGCAAAUGGGAGAAGAUCAGCGAGGACGAUCCAUACGAGAACGUCGACCUGGAACUUCCUAGCACGGAGAGCGUCCCGGUUUUAGAAGUAUCGGAAGAGGCCAAAGUAAUCUUCAAAGAAAAAACCGUCACGUCACUCGGCGAGGCAGCGGAAGAGAUGCCGGUCUUCAAAAAGCGGAAAUUUGAAAACGGAAAAACUCGAAACAUUCGACAGAGACUCAACGAUCACUAACACCGCGGCCGCAUUGUUAAAAAAAAAGCACUUUGAGGAUGCGGGGAAAAAACAACAAAGUGUUUUAAACGAUUUCUUUACAAGACGUGACUGUAAAAGCGUGACUUUUUUAGGGCUCGGCGUUUUUCAAACCAUGUCUCGAGUGUAAAAUGUACAGAA